AUGAUCUUUAGAGUUGAUAAAAUAUCAUCUAUAGUUCUCGGAAAAGAGAUCGUAAAGCGAUGCGGAACCGAAGGUCAGCAUGGAAAUCUCAGUGAAGAUGACCAGACAACCUUAAAAUUUCUGCGAGCUGCCAUCUCAUUCAUUUCGAACGCAAAUAAAAUGUGCGCUGAUCUAACAAACGCUGCCUUCAUUAUAUCGCAGCCAGGGAAAGAGUUUAUCAUUCAAGCUGGAAAUGGAGAUUGGGAGUUUUUCUUUUCAGAGGACGCAAAAGAUGUUGUACAUGGCCGCUGUGUUCGCAAGGGUCCUAAACGGUUUUCAAGGGGUAUUUGGAAAUUAUUUUACUUCUGUCUAAGAAUUUUCUGGGUGGUUUCAUGGUGGUGCCCGUCACCAAAAACCGCCGUUCGUUUUACCAAUGGUCCGUUAGCGCUGACCUAUGAGGCUCAGGAACCCACGUUCAAGGUUACACUUCCGGAGGUGACGGAAGAAGAAGCUCGUAAAAAUCACUCAUAA